AUGCAUAUAGCUGCCGCGCAUAUAUUUAGGGCUGAUCACACACAGGCUGCCUGGCUUCGCGAAGUUCCUUUACCCCGACCUUUACUUCUCGCGAAACCCCAAGGCCCUACCUACGUACAACAACAACAACCAGCAACACCACCAACAACAAAUUCACAUGCAGUAGCUGUCGCUGCUUUUGAAACACACGAUGUAGCGCCUUCCCGCAUCGCAAGCCGGGGAGUCGACAGUAGAGGGUGCUACGCAUUAAGAGCCGCUGCUGCCGAUCCACCAAAGCAAGGCUUUCCCCAUGUGCUGCAGCUAAAGCAGCAUCUGCACGAAGCAGGUGAGGAUGACAGGGCACAAGGAGAGGUUUUGCUGCUUGAGGGUGUCUCGGUUCACGCAGACUCCGCUGUACUGCUGGAUCGCGUCUCGCUGCGAUUGCAGCGCCACGAGAAACUCGCUGUCAUCGGUUGCAACGGGGCUGGCAAAACAACUUUGCUGCAUGCCAUUGCUGCCGCUGCAAAGCAGCAACAGCAACAGCAGCAGCAGCUGUUGUUGCAGCAGCAUCAGCAACAACAGCAGGGACGAAAUGCGCAUGCGGAGCAUCUGAGUCACCGUCAGCGUCUAAGCAAAGCUGCCCGCAGGCAGCUACGCCGACAGGCUAACCAGCACCCGCAGGAGCAGCAGAAGCAGGAGCAGCAGAAGCAAGAGCAGAAGAAUGAGCAGUGUUUUCAGAUAAGUACGGGUGUUGUAUCGGGAAAUAUUUGUUUUGUCGGCUCCUGUUCCCAAGUGGCCCUCUUGCAGCAGGAGGGUUUAGACGGUUUGAGUUCGGCAGCCGCUGCAAGAUCAAUUAAGGAGGAAGUUUACUGGCACCUUCGCCAGCGCCAAGCGCAGCUGCAGCAGCAGCUUAAGGUGCAGCACGAAGUGCUGCUGCAGUCGAUGGUAAAGCGGGGGGAAAAAGGCGAUCCGAGGGGCAAGGGCAGGACGGAAGCGGCGGAGGAGUCUGCAGCAGUUCUCGCCGCAGCCUCGCAGCUGUCUUUGCUGCAGGAGCAGCAGCAGGAGGCAGAGGAUGAGGCGCGUUGGGUAUCAACAGUGCUGCAUCACGUGGGGUUCACAGAGCAGCAGCAGCAACAACCUGUGAGCGCAGCCAGUGGAGGUGAGCGCAUGCGGAUUUUGCUGGCGAAGGCCUUAUCGGAAAGGCCCUCCUUGCUGCUUCUUGACGAGCCUACGAAUCAUCUUGACGCCGCAGCGGCUGCUGCUCUGCAGCAGCUGCUGAAGCAGCUGCCUCUCCCCAUGCUGAUCGCUUCGCAUGACCACCAGCUGCUGCAGGAAGUUUGCACGGGUGUAGUGCUCAUGCAGCGGGGUCACCUGGAGCCGAAGUAUACAGGCUCCUUCGCGUCCUUCCUGCAGCAUCAGAAGCAGCAGCAAAAGGAAUGGACUGCAGCAGUCCAGCGGCAACAGCGGCAAUUGCAGCAGCUGCAGCAGAAACUGCGCGUGCAGCGGGCACCGCCAACUGCAGCGGACGAGGCUUUGCUGCAACGGCUGAAGCAGAUCCCCUCAGCGCCUCUUUCCCUUAAACCCCCUGUAAGGCCGCCUGUGUUCCUGUUGCCGCAUCAGCCUCAAAGGGCCACAGAGAUACUCGCUCUUAGGGGGUGCACUCUCGCUGUGCGGUGUUUCUCCCCUUCGCCAGGGGGGCAGCUCUGGCAGGAGCAAGCGCAGCAGCAGCAGCACCACAACCACCACAACGGGAUUAAGGAGGUGUUGCGUGAUGUGACCUUGGUGGUCCGUCGCGGCGAGAAGAUCGCUAUCGUCGGGCCUAACGGCAGCGGCAAAUCCACUCUCCUUAAGGCCCUUGCCGGCGGCUUAUGCAGGGUUCAGCAGCAGCACCAAGAGGAGCAGCAAGAGCAUGAUGUCGUUCUGGUGGGGGGUGAGCGAACAUGUGCCCCUUCUUUGCAAUCUUCCAUACUGCUCGUACCACAACACCACGCAGACGUGCUGCCACUGCACCUCACGCCCAUAGAGGCCCUGACCGCUGCUGCCGCUACUGCGGAGCGAAGAGCAGCAGCGGAAACAGAAGCGGAUGCGACAGAGGGCCUAGACGACUCGAUGCUUGAGUCGAAGGUUUUAGCCGCCUUAGGGAGAGUGGGUCUAAGGGGGCCCUCUUUAAGGGUGCCGCUGAAGCAGCUGAGCGGGGGUGAGAAAGCCCGCGUUAGUUUCGCAAUGUCCAUUCUACAGGCGGGGUCUCUGGGGGUGCUGCUGCUAGAUGAACCAUCUAAUCACUUAGACGCCGCUGCAGCUGCUGCCCUUGCUGCCGCACUGAGAGCCUUUCCCGGUACUGUCUUGCUGGCAACGCACGACCCUCUGUUUGCCGCUGUGGCGGCAGACAAGGUGUUAGACAUCGACCCCUCCACGCGUUCCGUGCGGCUGCGGCCUGCUGCCGAUGUCGGCCUAUCUGAGGGCGCGGAGACGGCUGAUGCUGCUGCCCAUGCAAUCGAGAACACGCCGCAUGCGACUGCUGCAGCUGUGGCCGCGUGGCGGCGGCAGUGGUCUCCGUUAUUUGCUGGCGCACUUGCCAAGCAGCAGCAAGCUCGCAGAAACACUGUCAGCUGCGGCAACCCCAACAACUGCAGCGACGGUAGCAAGAGCGACAGGUCCCGGCGGUUCGGAGGUAGUGGGGUUUCAUGUGGGAGAAUAAAGGGCGUGAAAAACGCGAAGCGCUGGUUGUGA